AUGGCUCGGUUGAACGACUACGCGGCUCCUGCCGCCGAGUCCAUUGAUGCUCUGAAGCGACGAUUCGUGCGACAAAACAGGGAGAUCGCACGAGUAAACUCUAUGCAAUCUCUUCGUAUCCGCAGCCUGGAGUCGGAAGUGUCCCAUCUACUGUCGGAAAAUGUCUUGCUUCGAAAACAGGUCAUCAACCUCACCCAGGAAACCGAGCGACUGGAGGCAGGAAAGAUGCUACACAGCGGAAUUUACGAUAUCAAAUCCAAGUUGGAUGCCAAGCUAGCAGAGUUGAGCAGUCUGGCGACGGAUCUGGGAUCAUUGCCCCGCCGUGUGGGCAAACUUUGCGAUGAACAGCCCCAGCGACCAAAACAGGCGCCAGAUUCGCGACCGAGAACCGACGACUUGUUCGGCCCCGACGAUGGAAGACUCCCCGCCAUCGUGGAAGAUAAAUAUUACCCGCGACGAACUCUGGAAGUUCAAGAGCUUGAUAGUCUGCUCCGCGACGACCAAAGCAUAUUGGAAUCUCCGCCUCAAUUCAGUUUCACCCCGGAGCCAGUGGAAGCUGACAUGGGGCACUCCAGUCCUUCCCCGCCCGAAGUAACUUAUCGAACCAUUAAUGAAGAUAUCCUCGAGGCACCUGAACCUGAAACAGUACUACCUCCAACACUCGAAACUCGCAAAAAGAAGAAGAAGUCAAGUUCGUUCCUCGCCCCGGAGAUUGGCCCAGCGCCGACCGAGCGACAACCAAGCCCACCCAUUGAAACAUCACGAAUUGCACCACCAGCCUCCACCAAGCGCAAAUUCAUUCCCGAGGAAGAAGACCAAUUCGCCCCCAAUCUUGACGUCGACGAGGACGAAUUCCAAUUCAGCCGGCCUAGUCACAGCCCCAAGAAACAAACGAACAUGUUCGAGGUUACACCGCAAGACCACUCGCCCAUCAAGAAUGUCGAAGUGACAAGAGGAUCCAAGACCCAUGUCCUAGCUAAGCGCAAGGUCCUUGAGCCUAAGAGUGCAAACUCUAACUUGGGCUCUCCCAAAAAGGCCCGCGUGUCCUCGCAACAAGACUCUAAGCUUUUCCAAAGACCAACCAGAGGAGACGAAAAUGCUGUCUCACCCCAAAAGAACAAGAGUGUUGAGAAACUUGGUGGCAAAACCACGAGCCAAAAGCCACGAGUGACGAAAAUCGCCCCUUCAUCAAAAGAAAAGCGCACCAGUCGCCCCGCCCAACCAGAAGAACCAGAUAAAAGCCUCCCAGCUCUGUCGCCACACCCUAAUGCAUUGAAAACAGAGGAAGAGUCCGGAAGUCGACCUUCUCGGCGUCGCGGAGCUGUCGUCAGUUACGCGGAACCCAAUCUACGCGACAAGAUGCGCCGCCCUACAAAAGAAAUGGCCGAUGCAGUUGCAUUUGGCUCCCGAAGAUCCUCCAGCUUCCAGGCUGGUCGGGACAGCCUGGAUGGAGCAGACGAUGUUCAUCCUGGCAGCCUUCCUGCCGACUUUGCCCUUGCGGAUCAUAGCUCCGAGGCUUCUCAGCAGCAAUUGCUCGCAAUGGUGCCCCGCCGGAACCGCAAGGUGUCAUCUGCACCAAAGGACGACAAUGCCAACACCGACAUCAAGAAAGAGAUCGAGGACAGCCUUGCAGAUGUCUCCGCACAGGUAUCUCACGAAACCCUCAACCCGAGGCGGCAACCUCGACGUCAUUCGUCCAACCCCAAGAGUACAGCAAACCUGGCACAGUACGAUGGGGAUCAGGAUGAACCGCAAUCUCCAAUUGACUCACCCGAAGACGAAGAUCUUUUCGCGCCAAUGAUCGACACCAGACGUAGCCGUGUCGCGGCAAGGAGAAAAAGCAUGAUGGUGUAA